UUGUGGUUUAACAGUAAAUGCUAUGGCAACCUUGAACUCCAGCAAUUCCCUGUCUUCCACAUUCUAUCUCACAGGUAUCCCUGGAUAUGAGGAAUUUCACCACUGGAUUUCCAUCCCAUUCUGUCUCCUCUACCUGGGUGGAAUAAUGGGUAACUGCACCAUCCUGCAUAUCGUGCGGAGAGACCCCAGGCUCCAUGAGCCCAUGUACUACUUCCUGGCCAUGCUUUCUCUCACUGACAUGGGCAUGUCCAUUCCCACAAUGUUAUCACUUUUCAGGGUGUUGUGGUCCAUUUCCAGGGAGAUCCAGUUCAACAUCUGUGUGGUCCAAAUGUUUUUCAUUCACACUUUCUCCUUCACUGAAUCAUCUGUGCUGUUGGCCAUGGCCCUUGACCGCUAUGUGGCCAUCUGCCACCCUCUGAGAUAUGUGACCAUUCUCACCCCAAGACUUACCACUAAAAUUGGAAUUGCAGCUUUUCUUAGGAGUGCCUUACCCAUGAUUCCACUUCUGGCUCGGCUGCCCUUCUUUCCCUUCUGCCACUCCCACAUCCUUUCUCAUUCCUAUUGUCUGCACCAAGACAUUAUUUGCCUUGCCUGUGCUGACACCAAGUUUAAUGUUAUAUACGGGAUGAUCGUGAUCACUAUGCUGUGGGGCAUGGACUCUCUGGGUAUUUUUGUUUCUUAUGUGUUCAUCUUUCACUCAGUAUUAAAGAUUUCAUCUCGUGAGGGGAGAUUUAAGUCCCUCAACACAUGUGCAUCCCAUAUCUGUGCUGUCCUCAUUCUAUAUGUGCCUAUGAUUGGGCUAUCUAUCAUCCAUCGUUUUGGCAAACACUCUUCCCCACUCAGUCUCAUCCUCAUGGGUCAUAUCUACUUAUUAGUUCCACCUGUGCUCAACCCAAUCAUCUAUAGUGUGAAGACUAAGCAGAUACGCCAAGGAGUUCUCCACCUUUUUCUCCCACAAAAGAUCAGUUCUGCUGUGAUAUAG